AUGUCGAACGAAAAGAAUGAGCUAUCUGAUCGAGAGGUCAGCUCGCCUGUUGUCGCCACUGGCGAGAUCGAAGAGAUCUACAGUGACAAUGAGCGUGCCGUCUUGUCCAGAUUUGACUGGCUCGUCAUGCCGCAGAUGGCCAUUUUGGUCAUCUUUGCGUACCUAGACCGCACAAAUAUCGGCAAUGCACGCGUUUUUGGUUUAGAAGAGAGCACCGGAAUGAAAGGCAACGACUUCAACGACAUUUCCAUGUAUUUCUACAUCCCAUACGUUAUUUUCGAGACCCCUUGGGUUAUUGCCGUGAAGAAAUUCGGGCCGGGACGAGUGCUUGCUGUUGCCAUUGUUUGCUGGAGUGCCAUCACUCUUGGGACCGGGUUUGUCAACAGCUACAGAGAGAUGAUUGCCAUGCGUGUCCUCCUGGGUAUCUUUGAGGCCGGUCUGUUCCCAGCCCUCACCUUUGUCAUUUCUAUGAUUUACCCCCGCGGUUCUCAGGGGAAGCGAGUUGCCGUCUUGUAUAUAUCGAUUGCCCUCUCGGGUGCAUUCGGAGGUCUAUUUGCAUACGGAAUCCAGUCCAUGGGAGCCAGACACGGGCUUGAAGCUUGGCGGUGGCUAUUCAUUGUCGAGGGAACCAUCUCGUUCGGAAUCGGACUCGCGUGCUGGGUCAGUCUCCCGACAUCCCCUGAGACAGCGUGGUUCCUCAAGCCGGAAGAGAGGGAAACGAUGAAGAGCAUCAAAGCCAAGAACACGACGCCCUCGAGCUCCGGAACUCUUGACUGGAAGGAAGUCAAGAUGGCCAUCACUGAUCCCAUGAUCUACCUUGCUUCAGCAUCUCUGUUCUGCUCCUCCAUCGCCAUGUUUGGCUUCAGCACCUUUUUACCGACCAUUUUGCUUGGUCUCAACUACACAUCCCUUCAAGCCAAUUACCUUUCAAUCCCAGUGUAUGUGUUGGCUGCCAUCACAACCGGUAUCUCGACAUUCGUAUCCGAUCGCUAUAAUCGACGUGCUGCGUGCCUCAUUCACUCGCCUCUUUUGGUUAUCAUUGGAUACGCCAUCUGCAUUGGGUCUGCAGACAAAGCCGCUGGGUUUGCGGGCAUGUUUGUGGUCGGUGCAGGAGUUUAUUCCUUCAACUCCAUUCUUGUAACAUGGGUCUCCAACAACACUCAGCCAGACUAUAAACGUUCCGUGGCCAUCGCCAUGGUUAUAUCUGUUGGAAACAUUUCCGGUCUUGUGGCCUCGCAGAUCUACCCAGCAUCAGACAAGCCGCGCUACAUAAAGGGGAAUGCCGUCUCUUUGGGACUGGAAGCUGGUGCAUUGGUCAGUGUAGUGUUGAUUUACACUCUGCUCCGGCGUCGCAUGACUCAAAAGGAACAACUGCUGGCGGAGGGAAAGACGGAAAACGGAAAACACGGUGAUCAGGCACUAGAUUUCAAGUACAUCUACUAG